AUGUCUUGUUAUUCGCUCAAGGAUACCAUCAACCGUUUCUUUUCUGGCUGCACUGUCACGCAGGAAGAAUGUGACCGAACUGCCGCUGAGAUUACCGGUCAAGCUGUGGAGCCAGUUCGACUUCAAGGGGCAUUCAGCUACACUGUAGUAGCUGGGAAGCUCCUUGUACAAUUUCGUGUUCCCGAGUCUCUCUUGGAUACAAAAACACUGGGUCUCGCCCGGAAGAUCUAUGGCGACGUGGUGCCCGCCUGCUUCAAUAAAGGUGUUGUAGGCCCAUCCCCUUCACUCACUGUCUAUGUCAUGGACAAGAUCCCCGGAAUAACCUACAUCGAAGUCCCUUUGGCAACCCUUCAAUGUAUUCCGUGGCAAGAAAAAACGGUGUCGGAUUAUGCAAGAUUUUUUGCCAAUUCGUGGGUCAAUAGACUUGCGAAGCCUCCUAAUUCCUCCGAGCACUCUCUAGCGGACCUUCAAGACAAGCUUGACGUCCUUUCACGCCAGCUCCCUUCACGUUUCACCGGCGUCAUCUCGAAGAUUUGCGAAGAACUUCCAACAAUCUUCGUUCCCACAUAUCCGUUGGUUCUCACUCAUGCUGACCUCUGUGAGAUGAAUAUCAUCGUCGAUCCCAAAGCAGGCGGUAUCACGGGGGUCGUUGAUUGGGCUGAAGCAAAAGUUCUUCCCUUUGGGAUGUCUCUAUGGGGGCUUCAGAGCAUGCUUGGUAUUAUGAACUCUAAGGGUUGGAAUUACUAUAAAAAUUCUGACAGAUUGGAGAGCCUUUUUUGGGAUACAUUCAACGAAAUUGCGGGAAUGAUUUCCAAUGAUGAAAAACAUGCCAUGAAAACUGCGGAACGGGCUGGAUUGGUUCUCCGUUAUGGAUAUACAUGGGAAGAUGGAAUUUUUGAAAGACCUGUGACUGAGCAAGAUUCUUCGAUUAGAUAUUUGGACGCAUUUCUACAUCGCUUGGAUGACUGA